ACAUUUGUCUGCGAAUCAUGCCGGAACGUGUUCAACUGCAUCUCUUGGCCGGCCUCUUACCCUGAUACCGCUCCGUCACGAGCCUCGAUGCUUUAUAUUGCUCGUCCUCAUCUGCACUGAGUGAUGAAUUGGACAUCGUACAGCCCAGCAACUCCCCCGAGCCCCCCGAUCCACCACCAGGCGCAAUGGUUCUCGAACAGUUCACCUACGUCUUUGCCAUUGGUACCUUCUUCGCCUUGCUCGAGGCUUACAACAAUGGCGCCAACGAUGUUGCAAACGCUUGGGCGACGAGCGUGUCCUCGCGCUCCGUCACCUAUCGCCAAGCAAUGGCGCUGUGCCUGUUGUUCGAAGUGACCGGUGCGCUCACCGUGGGCGCCCGCACAGCAAACACCAUCCGCUACGGCAUCAUUCCCCUCGAAGCCUUCCAGGGCAACGCUGGUGUCCAGCUUCUGGCUUUCACCUGUGCUUCCGCUGGUGCGGCCACCUGGGUCAUGUGGUGUACGCGCAACUCGGCACAUGUCUCGUCAACCUACUCUCUCGUCUCCUCCAUCGCCGGUGUGGGCGUUGCCGCCGUCGGCGCCAGAAACGUCCAGUGGGGCUGGAACGAGGGACAAGGCCUGGGUGCCAUCUUUGGCGGCCUGUGCAUUGCUCCCAUCAUGUCGGGCAUCUUCGCUUCCAUCAUCUUCAUGCUCGUGAAGCUCGUCGUCCACGUCCGCACCAAUCCUGUUCCCUGGGCCGUGUGGACGUCGCCGUUCUUCUUUCUCAUCGCCGGAACAAUCUGCACCCUGUCAAUUGUCUUCCGAGGCUCUCCCAAGCUCGGUCUGGAUGAGAAGCCGGGCUGGUAUAUUGCAGCAGUCACCCUCGGCGUCGGUUUUGGAGUCUGCUUACUCUCGGCCAUCUUCUUCCUGCCGUACGUCCACGCAAAGGUCAUCAAGAAGGACUACACCCUCGAGCUGUGGCAGAUUUUCAAGGGGCCUCUCUUGUUCAAGCGGCCGGCUCCGGCGGAUGCCAGCUCCGCCAACGUCCCCAAUUACGCCGUUCUGCAGCACGACGGCGAGGAGGAGACGGUAUCAGAGGUCAAGGGCGACGCAUCUACAAUGGAGUCGUCCAUGCUGGAGUCCGACCUCAAAGCCGACUCAAGCAGCGAUAACGCGAAGAGAUCCGCUGCACAAGUCGCGGUGGACAUUGAUCCGACCGGCCCCCCUGGCCUGCACGACCAAUAUGCGUACAAGCGUCUUCUCCUGCAAGCUCGAGAGAAGCAUCACGCCUCGCUCCGGAAGAAGCGAGGGCCUCUCGGCUGGGCCAUGCGCAGGUUGCACGAUAACCCCUUCGGUGCCGGCGCCAUUUACGAAUUGUAUAACUUGAGAGCCCUGAUGAUCCGCCUGCCACCCAUGGUCAUCGUCGCUCUCCUCUACGGCUUCAACUAUGACAUCCACAAGGCGCAGGUUGGCGUGCUCGGCACUCCCGAGGGUCGCCGAAUGGCCAAGGUAUACGCGCACGCUCCGAAGUACCAGAACGAGGUCGAGUAUCUCUACUCGUUUGUGCAGAUCUUGACCGCGUGUACCGCUUCCUUUGCCCACGGCGCCAACGAUGUCGGCAAUGCUGUGGGCGUGUGGGCCGGCAUGUACUCCGCAUGGUCGAGUGGGGUGGUCGGGGAGAAGGAGGACGUGCCCCUCUGGCAAAUUGCCGUCAUUGCUUUGACCAUUUGCUUCGGGUUCAUCACCUAUGGAUACAACAUCAUGAAGGUCAUGGGCAACAAGCUCACAUAUCACUCGCCCUCGCGCGGCUCUUCGAUGGAAAUGGGCGCCGCCUUGACGAUUCUCUUCUUCUCGCAAUUCUCGCUUCCGACUUCGACUUCCAUGUGCAUCACUGGUGCCACCGUCGGAGUGGGCCUUUGCAACGGCACGUUCAAGGCCGUCAACUGGCAGCGAGUGGGACUGCUGUUCUUCUCUUGGGUCAUGACGAUUCCUAUUGCCGGUCUGAUUGGUGGUAUCAUCAUGGGCAUCACCCUCAACGCACCUAGCUAUUGAUACCUAGACAUCUAGAGUUUGGAGGAGGGUUUAGGAGGGUUUACGUAGGAGUGACGAGUGUCGAUGAAUGCAAGCGUAAACGAUUCAAGCUGCAUACCAUAAGUUCUUGCUUCAACAAACAGCUCGCUGAA